AUGUCUGCUGCGCGCGGUCUUUUUUUGCGGAUAUUUGGAUUUACCAUGCUGAAGUUCAUCUGCUGUUACAGUGAUGGAAGUUUAUUGACCGACCAGUGUCAAAGUAUGGCUAUAAAUCAUGACACAGAUCAACCGCAAGGACAAGAUUUAAACAUUUUCACUGUCGAUCCAGAUACCCUGAUUGUGGACAGUUCGCAAGUGGGAAAGGGCAUUACAGUGACGCUCUCGGCUGCUUCUGGUUCAUUCAUGGGCUAUAUGUUGGAGGCUCGAGAGUGUGAUGAUUGUCCACCUGCUGGUAAAUUUAGUGGGAUUGACAGUGCCAAGAGUGUGCUUCUCUGUGGCGACCAGGCCGUAGCUCAUCCUAAUAACAAUGAUAAAACUUCAGUCCAAGUGACGUGGACGCCUCAAGCCACUGGACAGUUUUUCUUCAGAGCUGCAAUCGCCCAAACAUUUGGUUCCGUUUCACCAAAAAAAGCAAUCAUACUCCCGACGACAACAACAUUGCCGCCAGAAACAAUGCCAAUGGCAACGUCACCGCCGGCAACAACCCCGACAAUGAUGCAGACAGUGAUGCAAACAAUGACGCCGACAUUGACGCAGACAAUUACACAGACAACAACGAUGCAGACAACAACAUCGAUACCGACCACGACACCUACGACACUGCAGACGAUGAUGACAACAGCCACUGACACCCCUGCUACUAUAACAACUAGGCCUACAACAAAAGACACAUCCACUGCACCACCAACCUCUGCAGUCAACAAUACACAAACAGGUCUAACUGUAUUUACCACACCAAACCUACAGGCUACAGACUCUGACACUGGAGACCUGGGUUCAAACCCCGUCCCUGACAGAAUAACCGAGCCAAAGGACAAACAUGAACCCAGAGUCACACAGUCCUCAGGAUCUUCUUGCCACAGUAGCCCAGCAGGCUUCUAUGGUCCAGCGACAUGA